UAUGUUCGGCCUACGUACGCUUGAAAAAGGAGAGAGAGGUCGGCAAUGGAGGAGUGCAAGUGAGACGUACUCCUCCUCCUCCUCCUCCUUCCUUCCUUCUCCAAGCAACGCGAGCGCGAUCUUAUCAUCCUCUCGCGAUCUUCUGCACUGCUCCGUAGCCUGAUCGAUCCUCCUUCGCGCCGGACGUAGGGAGGGAGGGAGCGAGCGAGCGAGCGAGCGAGGAAGCGAGAGAUUCUGAUCAGGGGCUAUGGUUCUGUUACCGACUUUCCUUGAUGGACUUGCGAAAACCAUAUCAAGUAGGAAAGGAAAAAGUUGUCCAUGCGAUGUUGGAAGGGAAGCCGCAAAUACCCUGGCCAAGGAAGCAAGGAGGAAUGAGUCGAUCUUGAGUUCGACGGCUGCUGUUAAGAUCAGCAAGUCUAGUAGACUUGCCUCAGCAUGCUCCAAAAGAGGACGCAAAGGAGUAAAUCAGGAUUGCUUUAUACUCUGGGAGGAGUUUGGUUGUCAAGAGGACAUGACCUUUUGUGGAGUUUUUGAUGGUCAUGGUCCUUGGGGCCAUGCUGUGGCAAAGCGGGUCAGGGAGCUGUUGCCUUCUUUUUUGCUGUGUAAAUGGCAAGAAGCUCUCGGUGUAGGAUCAUCCCAAGAUUGGAAUUUUGAAAUGGAAUUUGAUGCAAACCUUCAGCACUUUGACAUAUGGAAGCAAUCCUUCCUGAAAACAUAUGCUGCCGUUGACCAGGAGCUGAAGCUGCAUAGGAGUAUCGAUACUUUCUGUAGCGGGACUACAGCUUCGACCAUUGUUAAACAGGGUGAAAAUCUUCUUAUAGCAAAUAUUGGUGAUUCUCGGGCUGUUCUGGCUACUACUGAUGAUGAUGGCAGUUUAGUUCCUCUUCAGCUAACCAUCGAUUUUAAGCCCAACUUACCUCAGGAAGCUGAGCGAAUAAAGCAGUCAAAAGGGAGGGUGUUCUGUUCGCACGAUGAGCCAGGGCUGUACAGGGUCUGGAUGCCAAAUGAUGAGACGCUGGGAUUAGCAGUUUCCAGAGCCUUCGGUGACUACUGCUUGAAGGACUUUGGACUUAUCUCGGUGCCAUAUGUGACACAACGAAAGAUAACCAGCCGCGACCAAUUUGUCAUCUUGGCUACCGAUGGAGUGUGGGACGUCAUAUCCAACCACGAAGCCAUUCAAAUCGUGUCAUCGGCACCCGAUAGGGAGAACUCAGCUAAGUUGCUGGUGGAGUGUGCCGCUCGAGCGUGGAAGCUCAAGAGGCGUGGCUUCGCGAGGGAUGACAUCUCGGCUCUCUGCCUAUUCCUUCACACCACGGAGACCAACCGGUUCGACCCCCCUUUGAAGGCUCUGACAAAGAGUACUUGGCGUCAAAACUGAGAAGCACCGCGGGGUGUACGGUUGAAUUCCCAUCCAUGCCGCCGCCCUUUUAGCUGACUCGAAGUCGUCGCUGUACAUACGAAAGAUAGUUCUUACGUUUCUAACCACGGAUCCUAUAAAAAGGAAAUGACGUUAUGUUGCAAUCGCGUGUAGUUUGCCCCAAAGAUGAACGCGAAAAAGCUCUUCAUCUACCUCUUCCUCUUCAAUUUCAAUAAUCGAAUUAGAUCUCGCGAUUCCGGCGGAUAAAAUCAGCCUCAAAUAACUCAAGGCGGUCGUGAAAAGCAUUGUUUUAAUCAAGCAUCCUCAGGAUAAUCAGCUUUUUGGGGGAGUAUAUGGAAAGUUGGAGCAGAGAGAAAUAGAGCAGGAGCGAAAGUCCCACAUGGGAAUUUCAUAAAGCAUUUUGGCUGGUUAUAAUCCGUUUCACCCAUGAAGCAAAAGUCAACUCGUCCUGUCAGGGGUGAAAGGCGACUCGUCAACGAUCGGUCAGAGACGGCGGGUUGUGCCGACACCUACUACAAACGAACACACCCUCCUUCGCGGCCGCGGAGGAAAAUAUUGCAACGCCCGGGCGAAGCGAAGGAAAUCUAGUCAAUCCUAGUCCCGGAAGUAUCCUCGGGAUGAUCAGCUUUUUGGGGAGUAUAUGGAAUGUUAGAGCAGAGAGAAACA